AUGUCAUUUGUUAGUGAUGCGAAGCGUCUCUUUGGUACGACAGACCUAUAUGAAAUUUUGCGCUUGAAAGAAUCGAAAGCAAAACUGAAAGAUUACACCCAAGCAGACAUUAAAAAAGCGUUCUUCAAACUGUCGUUGCAAUUCCAUCCUGAUCGUUGCGAUGAUGAAGCAAAAAAGAUGGAAACAACAGCGAAAUUUCAGAUUUUGAAUCGUGCAUAUGCUAUUCUUAGUGAUAAGCAAAAGAGAGCUAUUUAUGAUGAAACGGGAAUUGUGGAUAAUGCUGAAAUUUGCUCUGAUGAUGUGGACUGGCUUGCUAAAUGGAGACUGAUAUUUAGGAAGAUAACAAAGGAGGAUAUCGACAACUUCAUACGAAAAUUCAGAGACUCUGGAGAAGAACGUGAUGCAGUUAAAGAGGCUUAUAUAAAGUACAAAGGAGAUAUGGGGAAAAUCCUAAAUGAUAUUAUUGGUGUUACAUACGAAGAUGAAGAGCGUUUGCAUAGGAUAAUAAGCGAUAUGAUUGAAUCCGGAGAGUUGAAGGCAACUCGAUAUUUUGUUUCUGAACCGGAAAAAAGAAAAGCUAAACGUCGUAAAGCAGCAGAGCGUGAAGCAGAGGAAGCGGAGAAGAUGUUAAAAGAGGUUCAAAAGAAUGAAGGCACUAAGGAUCUGGCCACUCUCAUUCAAAAUCGACAGCAAAAGAAUCUUUCAUCAUUUAACCAACUUUGUGAUUCUUUGGCCAUAAAAUAUGCAAAAAAACCGAGGAAGACAAAGAAGUGA